CGACCAACUUUCCCCUCCCUGACUGCUCGACUGUUUACCUCUAGAUCCCAAUCUCGUGCACACUCAUCUAGGCCGCGUCGCCCGACAUGCAACGGUAUGGCCAAGGGCGGACACGACCGUCGGCGGCGAGCUCCCUCGUCGUCUCCGUCUUCGUAGUCGCCGUCCUGCUGCUUGCGUACCUCAACGAACCGCUACUGGUAUCGAGAGCGCAAUCAUACUCCUUCGGCUCACUCGCGGCCCAGAAGAAGAAAAAGGACAAGUUCCGUGAGUGACUUGCCUUCCCGACUUCAACAAGUACAUCCACGAGAAGACCAUCCCUCCCGAGUCCCUUGGGUUAGGAGCACACGAUGAACGUGUGAUCAUCAUCGGCGACACACAUGGGAUGAACCGUUCACUACACAACCUGCUCGCGGCGGUGGAGUACAAGCCGCACCAAGACACCGUGUUCCUAGUCGGGGACAUCCUCGCCAAAUCCACAGAAGCCGGCUCCCUCGCGAUCCUCGACUUCCUCGUGCGACAGAACUGCUGUGCGAAGGGCGUCGGAGACGCGCCUCGGCCCUCGGGAUCCCCUGCGCGUGAUUCGCACGCGAAGCCGGCCCCGUGCAAGCCCGUCUACGCCGUACGGGGAAACCACGACCAGAUGAUCGUCCAGUGGCGUGCGUGGCGCGAUUGGUUCGAGGGCCUCCAGCUCAGCUUCCCCUCCGCGCACCUCUACCCGCCCCGGCGCCGCUCAGGCUCCUUGUCCGCGCUCGCCGCGUCCCUCGCGUCUGCCACGACGACGACCGCGUCGUACGACGCCGGGCCGCCCGUGGGCACGGGGGAGCAGUUCCUCGCCCUCAUCGAGGCGGAGUGGCUGCGCGACCGGGCGGACGACCCGAGCGGCGCCGGCUCGGACGCCGAGGAGUGGGUCGACGUCGCGCGGAAACGGGCCCGGGGGACGUGGCGCGCGGAGUGGUGGAGGCGCAUCCCGCAGCCGGGCAAGGGCCGGACGAGCAAGGACUGGAUCAUGUUUGGGGACCACUACUACAUCGCGAGGGAUAUGAAGCCGGAGCACGCGGAGCUCCUGUACUCGCUGCCGCUGGUGAUCCACGUCCCUUCCGAGCACUUCUUCCUCGUACACGGCGGCCUCUUGCCCCUCGAUCCGCGCAAGCCGUCCGACGAUAAGCACCAGCCGCUUGCACAUCCACCUUCACCGGACGAUGAAGAAGAAGUUGAGGACGAAGACGAUUACGAUUACGAGUAUCCCACGAUAGACUCCGGAUCGUCGCAGCACGUCUUCCCCCGCGCGGAGCCGCACGGCGAAGGCCACGACAACGGCGACGAGGUGGAGGAGCUCCGCGUCCUCCAGGAACGCUCCCUCCUCGAGGACAUCCCGCACAACCGCGACCCGUGGGUGGUCCUCAAUAUGCGCGGCGUCAGGAAGAAGGGCAAGGUCACGCGGCGGGGCGACAAGGGCACCCCGUGGGCGAAGAUCUGGAAUGGCGAGAUGAAGCGCUGCACCGGGUUCACCGGCUCUGCACGGGACGUCCCAGCCGCUGAGCACUCUCCCGGCGAGGACGAGGACACGGAGGGGGAUGGGGGUGUGGACGGGCACGCGCUCCCGUGCUACCCCUCGACCGUCGUGUACGGUCACGCCGCCUCGCGGGACCUCGACGUCCGGCGCUGGACCGUCGGGCUGGACACUGGGUGCCUGUACGGGCGGCGCUUGACGGGGCUCGUCCUCACCCGCCCGCGCACGGACGCGGGGGGCCCGACGCGGACGUCGCCUCUCUACGUCGACGCCGAUGACGACGCCGACGAGGAGGACGAUGACGAAGAGGAGUCGAGCGACGAGGAGGAGGACGAGCUGGACGAGACGGCGCCGGAGGGCCACCUGCGGGACAUGAACUCGCGGUUCGCGCGCGUCGCGGGCGGGUCGGCGAUCGCGCGCGCGAGGCCGAGGGCCAGGCGGGCGAAGACGUGGACGCGGACAAUCCGGUUCGGGGACAGGGACUCGGGGGUGGAGGCGAGGCUCGUGAGCGUCAAGUGUCCCAAGGUCGGGGACUCGAGCUGAGCGUGCGCUGGCGCGCACGCGUCUCGUGCACGUGGUGUUGUGCUGUUCGUCGUGUCGUUCUGACGCUGCAUUCGGCUUGUGCUAGACGCAUAUAGGCGUGCUAGAGCUAGAGCUGAUGGUUUAGGAUACUUACUGAUAAUUCGCUUGGGCUUGAGGUGGUUUCCCUUGUCUGCAUAGUACUGUAUUUCUAGUGUCUCCUGGUCGGUGUUUUCGGUUUGCAUAGUCUCUUUUUCUUCGCAUUUAUGAACGAGUAGGGUAGAGCUCUCUCUAAUAUAUCGCGCCUUGCAUUCUGUACCAGUACCAUCUUACAUACGCGGUCGUAUCUACAUUCAAAC